UGAUGGGCGGGAUCAGAUUUACCCGACAUACUGUUCGCCCUUUCGCUGUUGAGCUACUGCGGGAAUGGCGGGUGAAAAGAAGGAAAAUCCUAUGCGUGAGCUCCGCAUUCGGAAGCUAUGUUUGAAUAUCUGCGUAGGUGAAAGUGGUGACAGACUCACCAGAGCUGCUAAAGUGUUGGAGCAACUCACUGGCCAGACCCCAGUGUUUUCCAAAGCUCGCUAUACUGUGCGCUCAUUUGGUAUUAGAAGAAAUGAGAAGAUUGCUGUUCAUUGCACAAUCAGAGGAGCCAAAGCUGAAGAAAUUCUAGAGAAAGGUCUAAAGGUUCGGGAGUAUGAACUGAGGAAGAGUAACUUCUGCAACACUGGAAACUUUGGCUUUGGUAUCCAGGAGCACAUUGAUCUGGGCAUCAAGUAUGAUCCUAGUAUUGGAAUUUAUGGCCUGGAUUUCUAUGUGGUUAUGGGGCGGCCUGGUUUCAGCAUUUCUGAUAAAAAGGUUAAAAGGGGGCGCAUUGGUUCAAAACACAAGAUUUCCAAGGAAGAAUCGAUGAGGUGGUUUCAGCAAAAAUAUGAUGGCAUCCUCCUGCCUGGAAAGUAAUUUGAAGAGCACAUGACAAAGCAAUAAAAUCAAUUUGUAACAUUA